AUGCCAAAACGAUACCUCAAUGUUGAAUACGACACUAUUUCUACUGAAAUCGAUGUGACUGACUUUGAAGACCUGAGUGACGUUCAGGAUGCUAUCAAGUCUGAGUAUGGUCCUGCUAUGGCUGACAUUGAUGCUCCUCAACUCCAACUCUACACCAACACCAACAAAAACCAACUAAUCAACACCUGGACUUUACUCGACUCUCUUCCUCAAGAAUACUUUACUCAAGAUGGUUCUUGUGCUGUUAUUGGUUGUUUCCCUCCACCUUCAAGACAGCCUACUCAAACUUACCUUUCUGCCGCAGGUUCUACUUUAACAGCAGGAUACAAGAAAAGAAGAACAAGUGAAUGGGAGAAAGUAUCAACACUUGCUCAACUUUCAUACGACCCAAAUUUGACCAUUUUCAAACUUGACACAAAUUACUUGGCCAAGACUGGCCUAUCUACUGAAAAACUCAUUCUUUAUUGCCGUCCAACUUUUCAUGAGCAAUUCAGUUUUUUACGGGAAAAAGUCAUUGAUAAUGGGGUUCUUGGUUGGAUUCUAGGACCACCAGGAACUGGCAAGUCGACUACUGCUCUGGAAUUUGCCUCAACUCUGGACAAAAAUGACUGGGUUGUUACUUGGAUUCAUUUGUACAUAGAUUGUUAUCCAGUAUGUGUUCGUUUGGAGGGCGAUUCAAAGAAAUCCCAGGAAAUCUACGACAGCAAUAUCGACAAUUUUUUUGAUAUUUUGCAUAAAGUAGAUGAAUCAAAACAACACAUUGUGUUUAUUGAUGGAUACACUUCAAAUGGACAAAAACACAUUGAUGAAGAAGAGUAUAUUCAUGCUGUUCAAAAUGACGAAUUCUUUAACCAUGUCAAGGCUGUUUUGGAUUCUGAUUUACAGAUUGAUUCGUCUCGUGAAGACUUGGUCCGUUCUAAACUAUACUUUGCGGGUGCUUCUGCCAGAUGUAUGUUUCUUUUUGCGACCAAAGAUGUGAUCCAACAAACAUAUGGAUCAAUCACUUUUGUCAAUGAUAUUUUUCCAUACGUCAAAGGCACAAUAGGCGAUCAGUCUAAUAAUGUCGUGGAUCGUCUCUUCAGUUCAAGUUUAGUAGAGAAUGAUGUGUUCCCUCGAAAAACAUCUAUUGUCAGUCGAUUUUCCGGGGUUAUGUUGGCCAUCAAGGCAGGACCAGACCUGAUUCGUAAAUUGGUCAAAGCUACUCGGCAUGAUGGAAAUCCUUCUAUGAAUGGUUGGAUGUUGGAAAUGUGGUUCUUUGCCAGUCUUUAUUACGACGGAGUAAAAUUGUUUGACGAAAACGAUAACGAAUUUCAAACUUGGCCAGCAUCCAAUGUCAAAACUCUGGAUAUCAAUGCUUUUCCUGCUCUACCAGAAAAUAAUGGUGUUUGGUUUAAGCCAAACAAAUGGAACCAGGGAGGAUUUGAUGCUAUUUUCUUGGAGAAAGGAAAAGGGUUGGUUAGAUUCGUUCAAGUAACUGAUGGCAACACACAUUCAUUCAAAAUCGAGUAUUUCCACAGUUUUUUGCUGAUGCUAUGCCAAUCGCCUCAAUCGUUUGAGAUUACAUGCUUGGAAAUUAUCUUUGUUGCUGACCAAAAGAAACGCUCAACUUUCAAGGUAGCCGAACCAUCGGCACCAGGCAUGUUAACAGAUUUUGGUUGGAGACUCGGUGAAGAGUUGGAUAAAGUCAAAGUUGUUUUCAUAAAGGGAUGGUGCGAUUAA